AUGUUGGCGAUCUUGAGAGCGGUAUCAUUAGCAUAUUCCAAAGUCUUGCACACAAUCGGCGUCUUUGGCAACAGCCCGGAUGGGCCCAUGCUAGUGGGCCGAGAAAAGUGCCCGAUAAUGCCGAAUACCUCACGACCCGUGCGCGAUCAGAGGCUGCAAGGAGCUCUUGUGAAUCAGGUUAAGCGUCUCGAAGCAUAUUAUCCCUUCGAAACAGUCCUCCAAUCCGAGUCAAUUCAAGACUUUCACAACAUGGACUUUGACAAUUACGAGUUUUUGGUCAAGAAACCGACCGGGACAGAGCUCGAAAAUGUACUUACGACUUUUCGAACGGGCAAGCUUGGCAAGAGGCUUCUCAAGAGGGGGUUCGGUUUCAAAUUUUCAUAA